ACGGGAGGUGACUUGUGACUAUUUUCAUCAGGCAGCUGGUCACGAUCCCCUUGGGUUGCAUCGAGGCUCUGAACCACUUGUAUUUUGUUUUUUUGUUUUGUUUUGUUUUUUUAAACCCUGCUUCUUUCCAGUGGAAACACUGUGCUUGAAAGGAAAUUGUCUCUCUGAAGCAGACGUCAUGACAGGCUUCCUCCGGGUCUUCUUGGCUCUCAGUGCCACUCUCUCAGGUUCCUGGGUGACUCUCACAGCCACUGCAGGACUCAGCUCAGUGGCUGAACACGAAGACGCACUCCUCAGACAUUUGUUCCAAGGUUAUCAGAAAUGGGUCCGCCCUGUGUUGAAUUCCAGUGACAUCAUAAAAGUGUAUUUUGGAUUAAAGAUAUCUCAGCUUGUGGAUGUGGAAUGGACAGACCAAAAAUUACGAUGGAAUCCCGAAGACUAUGGUGGAAUUAAUUUGAUAAAGGUUCCAUCGGAAUCGCUCUGGCUGCCUGACAUAGUUCUCUUUGAAAAUGCUGACGGACGUUUUGAGGGCUCUCUCAUGACCAAGGCCAUUGUGAAAUCCAGUGGAACCGUCAGUUGGACUCCUCCCGCCAGCUACAAAAGUUCCUGUACCAUGGAUGUCACAUUUUUCCCGUUCGACAGGCAGAACUGCUCAAUGAAGUUUGGAUCCUGGACUUAUGAUGGUACCAUGGUUGACCUCAUUCUGAUCAAUGAAAAUGUUGACCAGAAAGACUUUUUUGAUAACGGAGAAUGGGAGAUACUAAAUGCAAAGGGGAUGAAGGGCAACAGAAGAGAAGGCUUUUACUCCUAUCCGUUUGUUACCUACUCUUUUGUUCUGAGACGCCUGCCCCUGUUUUACACCCUCUUUUUGAUAAUCCCCUGUCUGGGGCUAUCUUUUCUCACGGUCCUGGUGUUCUACCUACCCUCCGACGAAGGGGAAAAACUCUCGUUAUCCACCUCGGUUUUGGUUUCUUUGACAGUGUUUCUUUUAGUAAUCGAAGAAAUAAUCCCGUCUUCUUCGAAAGUCAUCCCUCUCAUUGGGGAGUACCUUCUCUUCAUUAUGAUAUUUGUCACACUGUCUAUUAUUGUCACGGUUUUUGUAAUUAAUGUCCACCACAGAUCUUCCUCAACGUACCGUCCCAUGGCCCCCUGGGUGAAGAGGCUGUUUCUGCAAAGACUCCCGAGAUGGCUUUGCAUGAAGGACCCCCUGGACCGCUUCUCUUUCCCCGAUGGAAAGGAGAGUAAGGGAACCGUGACGGGGAAAGUCCCAGGGAAAAAGAAGCAGACUCCUGCCAGUGAUGGAGAAAGGGUUCUGGUCGCUUUCCUGGAGAAGGCCUCUGAGUCCAUCAGAUACAUCUCGAGGCAUGUGAAGAAGGAACACUUCAUCAGCCAGGUCGUUCAAGACUGGAAAUUCGUGGCUCAGGUUCUUGACCGCAUCUUCCUCUGGCUCUUUCUGACAGCUUCGGUUUUGGGCUCUGUCCUGAUUUUUAUUCCAGCCUUGAAGAUGUGGAUACAUCGUUUCCAUUAGGAACCGCUCUCUGGAUCCAGUAGAAGACACACUUAGAGAGAAUCCCACCUUAGGACUGAGGGCUGCUGGCGUGUUCACAGAAAGGAGUUGCAUGCAAUAGUUGCAGUGCCCUUGCCUUGUCCCGGGAGCCUUCUGUGACGGGAGGAAACUGAGAAAAUGUGGGUUUGAGUUAGUGUGAUGGUGGCUGCCAUUAGAGAUGUAUUUGGGUAAUUCAGAGAAUUGAAUGUUGUUCAAUGUCUCCAUGUCAUGUUGUUGUGGGGGAGGCCCAGAAAUGCUCCAUCUGCCUAUCCCUGAACUACUGCAUCUGCCCAUCCCCCAGACUCCUACAUUUGCUCAUCCCUAAACUCUUGAUUUUGUCUAUCCACUGAACUCCUAGUAUCUUCCCAGCCCCUUGGCGACUUGUCUGCCCACUGGGGCCAUGUGGUACUUCUCUAGCAGUGUGGGUGAACACGUUUUGAUAACAGUUCCAGGAAUUACACAGGUACAACUCUUGCCACACAGGUCAAAGAUGCCACUUGUCAACAAAUGUCCCAUAAAUAGGGUCAUUUAAGAUGACCUUGAAUGACUAUGACAGUUCUCUAAGGCAGGGGUAAUUAGAAGUUCGUUCACUGCAUUGCAAACUUUUCUAAUGCACGUAGGAACUACACCAGAAAAACAGCCAUUAGCUAUUAGAACUGCAUUCAUUAAUGCAUGUCUUUUUUUUUUCCUCUUGGAAAAUUAAAAGUGUUGAAUG